AUGGACCAGAAUGGACGCCCAGUCGUUCAGGUGGUUAUCAACAACUAUGACCAGACGCAGGCCUACAUGUCUAACAUGCAGCGCCAGAAUCAGCCACGGCCACUGUCUGUGGAUGAGGCACUGCAAUACUCUUCUAUGUCCAGCGCGCCUGUCUUUGGCCUAGACUGUAUCAUUCGACCAGACGUUGGGCGACCCUCGAACACCACUUCGAUCAACCAUGUGCUACAAGAAGGCCGCAAGACGCUGGGUGGAUUGGACGCGGAAAUCCAAUCCGGCCAGGAUGAAUCCAGUCACUUAGAGACUUCCCGGGAAUACCUACAACAGUUGCUUGAUGGGCAUGAAUUAACAGAAUUCAAGUUCAAGCUUCCCCGUGCCCCGGCCCGCAGUCGACAACUACGACCAAAUGCCUCAGAUGGAACGCCUUCUGGUCGCAACAGCCUGGGUUCUUUUGCCCGCAUGAUGCUUGACUCUACCGACAUCGCAUUCAGAUACCCUGAAGCUUUAUCCACAACCAAACUCGAGAGAAAAGAUUCGAAUCCAAAGAAAGCUACUUCCUUGAACCAGCGUGCUCACCUUACGAAUAACUCGGUCUCAGCUUCUUUUGAGCCACCACGAGCUCCAUCCUCAAGCCAAUUAUCGGUGGUGAUUCCAGUCAAACCCCUACCUUCUCAUAACGAUCAGAUGGGUACGGAAAAGGCUAAAUCGAAGACUGAAGGUGAAGACGCGAGGGCGGCGGUACGAAUGAAGGAUCAAAAAGCGGAGGCAGAUGCGGCUCUGUUAAACCUGCAAGACUUUCUUCAUGAAGUUUUCGAAGCAGAUGGUCAAUUAGAACCUGAUACUGCAACUCAUUUUGCUGCCGACAACCCGAACCCUAUAUUUGCGCAAAUGAGAUCAUUAGAGGUGCACGGAGAGGUGUUAUCCUCAGAUUCUCACAUUCGUCUCCAGAAAGCCAUUCGGAAAGUCGCAAAAUUUGACCGACUCCAGGACAUACCAUCCGAUUAUCUCACCCGGAUCCAAAAGUUGUGCGAAAAGCCUAUUUUUGCAGCACAAACCCCUGAUCUGAGCUUGAAUGAUUCAUCAGGUGAGAGUGAAUCUCAGGAGUGGCUGGGGAAAGUCGACGAUAUAAUCAAUGCACUUCUUGCGAUAGGGACACUGCUGCAGACCAUGUCUGGACGCCAAACAGAGCGUGAUCUCUGCCCAGAAGAUCUCAUCGAGGCUAUCCCGAAUGUCCUCAAUCAAGUUUUCGAUCACUGCAUCAUUCCUGCAGUGGAAUCACGCCCUGGUGGCAAGGAUGGCCAGCAUUUCAAUUUCUUCUCAGCCCAAAAGCGGAUCAUUGGAAGCCUUGUUCACCAGAGCAAGAAGGUCCUUACACUUUUUGCGGAUUUCCUGUCUCGAAUUGACGUCUCCGAAGGCACGAUCACGGCUGCCGAGUUCUUUGCCUCAAAAUUAAUAUUUGUGGAAAACGCACACAAUGACAAAGAAUCGGCACUGGGCCAUCAAAAGUAUGAACCCGCAAGACGCGGUGCAAUGGAAGUGCUUGCGAAGGUGUUUUCCAAAUAUCCCGAACAGCGACCCUUCAUCCUGGACGAGAUUUUAGUCUCACUUGAGAAACUUCCGACAACACGCCAAAAUGCAAGGCAAUUCAAGGUCGCAGAUGGAAAAAAUAUUCAGCUUCUGACCGCACUUGUUCUACAGCUUGUUCAGACAACGGCUUUGGAGACAACCUCACGAUCAAAGGCCAAACGUCAGAUCAAACCUCAGGCCGAUGAUGAUGACGACAAGCUCAUGGGGGAUGGUGAAGACGUCAGGAACAAUGAUUCAGAUGACGAUGUGUCAAACGAGUCAUUGGAACGCCUUGCGACCAAAGCCAACAGACUUUAUGAUAACGCCAUGCGCUCCGCACAAUAUAUCGUGAAGUUCAUCGUUCAGCGAGCUAUGAACUCAACCAAGACUGGCGAUCAGCCAUACAGGAACAUCCUUGAUCUUUUCACUCAGGAUCUGAUCAAUGUACUUGGAUCUGCUGAUUGGCCGGCUGCAGAAUUACUUCUCCGAAUAAUGGCAUCUCACAUGGUUGGCCUUGCUGAUCAGGACAAGAGUCCGGCGACUGCGAAAAGCAUGGCACUUGAGCUUCUGGGCUGGAUGGGAUCUGCCAUCUCAGACUUGAUAGCAACUGCUCAGCACAUGCUCCCGGCUCUGGAAGAUUCCGAUUCGGAACUCACCGACUACCUCAAACAACAAUUUGAAGAAUUCAAUUCUCGAGCAUUGCACCCGCAAGACCUAGUUGUGCCGACUGGUCCAUAUAGAAUGGCGCUCGAACACCUUUUGCAGGACAAACAAUCUGAUAAUUGGCAACUGAUCAGCGCACGAGGCUACUACUUGGCUCAAUGGGCCAAGACCGUUUGCACUCUCUACUACAACUCCGAGGACCAGGACGAACUGGCACAUGACGAUGUGACGCAUGACUUGGUUGUCCUCUUGACGAGAUCAUUUUCAGACCCCCGCUGGCUGGAGACCCAUAAGGAAUUCGACAACAUCACCAAUGCCCAUGGGAAAUUCGCCUACAUCCUGACAGUUUUGAACUCGGGAUUUGGAAAAGCAUUUGACACUAUUCUCAAGGUACUCUUGAACUCUUUUACUGGUGAUUCGGCCAAGGUUCGCAGCCGCAGCCUGAAAAGUGUCAUCUACAUGCUCGAGAAAGACCCCAAUCUUCUUGAUAGAGAUGCUUCUGUUUUGCGCGUUAUUUUGCGCUGUACAACAGAUGCUUCGCCCAUGGUCCGGGACUCUGCUCUUCAAUUGAUUGGCCAAUGUAUUGCCUUGAAACCUAAGCUUGAAGAAGAAGGUUGUCGAAGGAUUCUGGCCUGUGCAGCAGACACUACCGCUGGUGUCCGGAAACGUUGUAUUGGGCUAUUGAAGGAUUUAUACCACAAAACAUCUCGACGGGAUUUGAAGCUAGUCAUCCUUGACAGCUUCCUUCAGCGCACAGGCGAUCUUGAAGAUAGCGUGGCAUCCUUGGCCCGACAAACCUUUGAGGAAAUAUGGCUCGUUCCAUUUCAUUACUCUAUCAAUUCAUCUGAUGGCCCGAAACUCAAGAUUGCUCUCGGUGAACAGGUGGCCCUCAUUGUUGGCUUGGCCGAACGAAGUGACACUGCAUUAGAUUCUCUCGGUAUCUGCCUACAAGCUGUGCUUUCGGAUAAAUCCAAGUCCACUGCAUUGAACUUCAAGGUUUGCAAGGCUAUGGUUGCUACCAUGUUCGAGCAACUUGUGGAAGAGUCAGAUUCAAGCAAAGAGUCCCAACAAGCUCUUUUACAGACGAUCACUGUUUUUGCCAAGGCAAACGCAAAAUUAUUCAGCCCAGAUCAGUUGGAAGCCCUUCAUCCCUACAUCGGAAAUCUUUCUACAUCAGAUGACAUUUUUAUCUUCCGAUCAGUGGUGGUCAUUUAUCGUUGCAUUCUUCCCUAUUUAUCCUCAUCACACAACACUCUUCUUAAGGAAGUACAGAAUGAUCUCUUCAAAAUCAUCGCCAGGCUUCCCCGCGGCGAGCUCAAUGAAGUCAUGGCCUGUUUAUGGACGAUCAAUGGUGUUAUUCAAAACACCAUCCGACUGGUAAAGUUGACACUUUCGCUUCUGAAACCUCUGAAGAAGUAUAAGGACAUGGACCUUUCUUCGAGUGAGCAUACUUCGGACCUGAACCGUGCCAAUAGUUAUAUUCGCAUUGCAGGCUGUGUUGGGGCCCAUUGUGACCUUGAUAAGUUUGCAUCACAGUUCAAAAACGACUUCCCAAAAUGGCCUGGAAAAUCUGUGGCAGGGUUGAUGGUUGAUCUUAUAGUCCCUUUUUCCACGAAAACACAGCCCUUGGAUCUGAGAGUCAAUGCCCUUGAAAGCCUGGGGUCUAUUUGCCAAUCAUGGCCCGGCCAAUUUGGCCGAGAGUGCAUCCGGCAGACAUUUGCUCAAACCUUCAAGGAAGACGCUCCAGCCCUGCAAAACCUUGUGCUUAAAUCAUUUGCAGCUUUCUUUGCCAUCCACGAGGGAAAGUCCGAGAAGGCUGUCAUUCCAACCUCAGAGACCGCUUCCCAGGAAGAUACAACUCGAUUGGGCGGAUCUUUGAAGGCCAGUGACAAUGACGGUGCCGCUGCUUUGAUUGCUCAACACUUCCUCUCCAACAUGAUACAGAUGGCACAAUCGCGCCAGGACGCUUACGCUUUGACUGCCAUUCAGGUUAUUGCAAGCAUCAAUCGACAGGGUUUGGUUCAUCCGAAGCAAUGUGCCGGUGUUCUUGUUUCUUUGGAGACCUCUACUAUGUCUGAUAUCGCAAAAAUUGCGUUUGAUACCCACAAGGCGCAGCAUCAGCAGUAUGAAACCAUGUUUGAGCGGGAAUACAUGCGAGCAGUGCAAGAGGCAUUCUAUUACCAGCGUGAUAUUGUUGGUGAUUCAAAUGGGGCUCGCCAGCGACCUUACAUCCCGAAACUUGCCCCGUUGUUUGAAAUCGUCAAAAUCAGCAACAGUCGGUAUCAAAAGAAAUUCCUCGCGAACCUUUGCGCCAAGGUCAACUUUGAAUUGAAGAAGCUUGACAUGACGGGAUCUCCCCCGCAACACCUUUUACUGUCACGGUUCAUAUCACAGAACCUAGCAUUCUUCGACUACGCUCAAUUGGCUGAACUUGUGCCAACCAUUUCGUGCAUUGAACGCAUAGUUUCCUCAACUGGCACCGUCGUUGCACACGCUAUUGAGACUGAGAUCUCUUCCGCCCCGAUUGGCGCGCCCCAAUUCGAUACGAUGACCGGAAUGAUGACCGGAUUUACGCCUGAGAUGCAGCCGUCGACAUUCAUGUCGCGACCAACCAACCCCGCCACCUUGAAAUUACUGGCAACUGCAGCUGCGUCAUUGUCAAUGCUUUGGGAAGCUCGAACCCACCUUCGCCGUGUGUACGGACUAAAUUCCCACAGCAAGACCAACGGAAAACCUGCUGCAAAGGAUCUCAACAAAACCGCAACCAAGGUGCAUGGAGUGACUGGUGAUAAGGUCUGGGAAGCGAUGAUCAGAAACAUGACUGCCCUAGACAGCGAAGAAGCAAUGUACAACAAGUGCCGCGAGUUUGCAACCUUGCUCUCCAUCGACGAUGAGUUCAAGGUGGAUGCUGACGAGGACGCAGAAGGGGAGAGUCUCGACGCCAUUGGCGAAGAUGACACGGCAAGUGGCUUGGCCGGUUCUCGGCCCCUGAAGCGCAAGAACUCUGUCUCCAGCUCGAAUCUCAGCAAGCGACCCAAGAGCCGCAAGGGUUCCACCGGAAGAAAGAAAUCUAGUGAGCCGGACGACGAACUUGCUUGGGAUUGA